AUGAAUUCCAUUAUCGCUAAUUUUUAUCAGUUUGGACAAAAACGUGACCAGAAAUCACUAGAAAAAUUAAUGAAUAGUUUGGAGGAAGGUGAAUUAUUGAAUAUAGUUAAACAAGAAUUGUGUUCAUCAAAAUUCACAGAGACGUGGAGUUAUAUCCUAAAGUCAUUUUCUGAUGCACCAGAGAAUCAUAAAAAGAGAUUAAAGUUAGUUAUUCAACUUCUCAAGGAAUUUGAAGAACGAGAUAUACCCCAAUCAAGAAUAGAUACAAUAAUUAAUCAUUUAAAUCUCGAGUUACCAAAAUUCAAAUCUAGUGACUUAGCGAAAAUAUGUAGUACAUGCUUGGACCAGAUUCAAUCAAAAGUGGUGAUUAAAUUUGUUUGGAAAGAUCUUUUACCAGAAGUACUCAAUGUUCUCAUCGAUAGAGAUACUUUUACAUACGAAGAGUUAGAUUUUACUGGUGCAGAAUACAAGAGCGAUUUUAUUAAUACUAUUUGCAUGUCUUCUUGGUCUCCAAGGAUUGUAACUUCUCUAACAACAUUCUUUAUUGAUACUCCUUUAAAUAAAGAUGAACACUUGAAAGUUGUAACUAAACUAGGUACUUAUAUUGAAAAAUUAACUCCCCAAGAAAUUCCAUCUUUUGUUUAUCAAUUAUUACGUCUGUGCAAACAACAAAAUGGCAGGUUAAUUUUUAUGAAACUCCAGAAUUACUUUGGCACACGCAUUUACAAUAAUGCUAAUAUUGGUACCGAAGAUUCACCAGAUACUAAUAGUACUGUUUUGGACCUAAUAGAAACAACUGAUAACUCUGAUAGUAUUGAAGCUGAAAGUAAUGUGUUGUUCCAUAUCCAUACAGCAGCCUCACUAGGGUAUGAGAGCAUCAAAGAAUAUCUAAAUUCUUUAAAGAAUAUUUUAAAAGCUCCAGAAUUUAUUUUACAUCCUUUCCAAUUAAUGGUUCUAUUCACCUUAUCGACGAUACCUCAUUAUGAUGAAACAGUUUUUGAUAUUAUUAGACCUUGCAUAGUAAGAACUUACAAUGAAGAACUAAAAAAGGCACAUUCUUCUUGGUUUAGAGAAAUGGUGCCAACAGCAAAGAAACCUGAGGAAAUAAUAUCACAAGUUAUACAUUUCAGUUUGCCAGAUAGAGAUUUGGUUCUAUCAGGAUUAGUUAAUUUUGCGUUUGUUCUUUUGGGAGUUGGAGCAGGUUUGGGUAGGGAUAUAAUAGCUGAAAAGCAAUGGACUUUAGGAAAUACAAUUCUAUUGAAGAUUAUUAAAAGAAAGAGACAGAUAGCCUUAACUAUUCUAAACACUUUAAGUAACCAUAUAGUUGCAAGACAAGCAGUAUCUCAGUACAUUGAAUGUCUUUAUCUAAUAAGCAGAACUAUGCCUUUACUAAUGCUUGAAAACCAGAGCUGUAUAAUGGAGUUAAUAGAGUGCCUUGUACACAUUAACACUACCACUGCAAAUCAAUUACUUGAUGCAUUGAUACCUCUUACAAAAGUCUCUCUAAAUAUAAGGGACCAUCUUAUAAUUUACUUAAGAAAAACCCUAUAUUCCAGAUCAGUUGAAACCAGACAAAUGUCAGUUAAUGGAUUUUUAAAACUAAUAACAAACUUAAAGAUAUCCAACAUGGCUGUUCUUAGCCAAAAUAGUAUGGGGUCCUUUUCAUCAGGACAUUCAGUUUUUACACAGCUUUCUUUAAACAAAACCACACAGAACACCUCUAUCGGUAAUUUCAGUAAUGAAGCAUUAUGUUUUGAAAUAUUAAGUAUACUUAAAAGAUGUUUUAUGCAACAAGCAGAUGUUAGAUCACAAUUAUACGAAGGUCUAUAUGAAGCAGUUUGUGUUAACCCCGAAUUAGGCAUUCCUGUUUUGGAUAUGAUACAGUUUCAUUUUAAUCAGUACAUUGUAACGGACGAUGAGUCCUUACCACCAAUUAAUAUUGAUAAAUUAGUUGCUUUAAAAGAAACUCAAAUGAUUCUAGAAGAACCAUUAGGGAAGUUAAUACACACAGUUGGCUUAAUCUCUUUAAAGGUAACAGAACAAGAAGAAGUUGAAGACAAUAAUACUGUUACAAAAUUUACAGACAUUCUAAAUUCUCUCUCGAAAAGAAUGUCCAACUGUGAACUCGUCCACUUUGAUCUAGAUGAUGGUACAGAUUUAUUAGAUAUUAUUCCAGAAUCUCAGAAAAAGAUUCUUAUACUAAAAGAAGUAAUGUGUGUUUAUGAAGCAUUAAUAGGUUAUAAUAUAUAUUCAUGGAACAAUAAUUCCCAAAAACAAGGAAAUAUAAUUAACAACCUAUUUCAAGGCUAUACUAGAUUGCUUCAUUUUUCUAAAUCACUUUCAAAACCAAAAAAAGCUGAGUCAAAAAGAAAGAAAACUGAUCAAGAUAAAACCACCCAACAUUCUCAAAAGGAUGGAAAGAAAUUGAACAAGAAUAUUAAAAUGCCAGAUACUAUUUGGAAUUUCCAAACAGCCAAAAAGGCUUUACAAUUAUUACACGAACCUAAAUUAACCUGGACAACUACUUCAGAGGCAAACGUAGUAAAAACUAAUAAAGAACUGCAUCAACAUGUCAUACAUGCAACCCUGUAUUUGGUACAAAGUGUUAAACGCCGAAAAGACUUGGAAACUAGAAAUAAAAAGCAGUACUUUGAACACAUUACUGAUGUAGCAUCACUUCUUUUUAAAAGAAUUAUAAAUAGACUUGACGAAUUUACAGAUUUUGAUGGAGUGACUGCAGUAUCUGCAAUGGAAUGUUUUAAUUUAAUUUUAACGUUAGUAAAUAUUCAGUACAAAAGUAAUUUGAAAUUAUUUUUAAACAAAGUUGUUUCUGGUAUUGAAGAUAAUAAUGCUAUAAUAGAUUCUUUGAGUACAAUAGUUAAAACCUAUGAGAAUAUUUUCGAAAAUGAAGAUUAUGAAAUUAGUGUCGAUCUUGAAAUUAAAAAAAUAUCAUUGAUAGCUGUAACUACAUUACAAAACCUAGUAAAUCACACUCCAACUUCUGCUAAUGAUCUCUCAACCCAACUUUUAGAAUGGUUAAAAAAUUUUGCUUCCAAUAAUACUCUUACAUCAAAAAAUUCCACUGCCUUCAUGCAUCUGUUUUUAGAAACUCAUAUGAAGUUUAAAGCCAGUUUAACACUUCUUGAAAAUUUGUCAGAGAGUUUAGGAGAUACAAUUGGCGUUAUAACAGAGGAAGAACAUACAAAAGAAAGUUUUAAGAUCAUCAAUGAAGCAACAGUACAUAAUAUCUUUCUGUCAAUAUGUAACAGUUUAAAAUCAAUACUAGAAGAUAUUGAUGCUGUUGUAAUUCGUUUGAAAUCGGAAAACUAUAUUCUUAACUUUCCUGGCGAAGACGACUCUGAGAAAAGAAGAGAAAAUUUGAAAGCAAAAGAAAGAGGAGUGUGUUGUCAAUUAUGCUUCAUAGUAACUAUUAUGACCAACCUGAGUAAUUUAAUAAUACCAGCAGGCAAUCUUUCCGAAGCUAUUUUUAAGAACAUCAUGUCAUUAUUUGGAAGUCUAUGUACUUUAACGAAAUAUUUCAUCAGCAGAUCUUCUAAGACGAGUUUGGUAUUUCAAGGAGCCCGGUUUGAAAGAUUGGUUAAAUUAGCUGGGAAACAGUUGGCACCUGUUAUUUAUAAGUUUAUUCUGCACCUAGAAGAGACUCAAAGAGAUUCUCAAACAACACAACCUAAAAAGAAAUCAGUUGAUGCUACUACAUUAAAAUCAAAGGUACUCAGAGAAACGAGGUUAAUACCAAAAGUGAUUUAUGAAAUUGAACAGUUUAGUAAAUGCAUCAUACAGCUAUCUAAUAAAACUAAAGUAGAUUUAUCUAAAUAUGUUGGUCAAGGUAUAGUUCGCGAUUUCAGAAUAAUACAUUUAAAAGAGACUUUGGAUAACGAAGGGGGAGAAGUUGAUGAUUCUCAUGUAAGUGAAACUUCUAAUAAUGAAUCUAGGAGUGAAUCUAUUGUAGAUAUAAACGAAACUGAUGUUAAUCCUAGAAGUCAAGAAACAAGUGAUGAGGAUGAAAAUCCACCUGCUAAAAAGAGCAAACGUUAA